AUGGCGUCAGACCCGCCCAUCUUGUCAGAGCAGGAGGAGCUACACAGAAGAGCCAAUCAUGUCACAGAUGAGUCCCUGGAAAGCACGAGACGGAUGAUGCUGCUGGUGGAGGAGAGCAAAGACUCCGGCAUCAGAGCUCUGGUCAUGCUGGACGAACAAGGAGAGCAGCUGGAGCGCAUUGAGGAAGGCAUGGACACAGUCAACAGGGACAUGAGAGAGGCAGAGAAGAACCUGACAGACAUGGCCCGGUGCUGUGGUCUGUGCGCCUGGCCCAUCAGGAAACUCAAGGCCUUCGAGGAGAGCGGCGCCUACAAGGCCGUGUGGGGCGGAGCCUCGGGUCAGGACGGCGUCGUGUCCAACCAGCCGCCGUCGUCCCGAGUGGUGGAUGAGAGGGAGCAGAUGAUCAUGAGCGGAGGACACAUACGGAGGGUGACAGAGGACGCCCGGGAGGACGAGAUGGACGAGAACCUGGCUCACGUCAGCAGCAUCAUGGGAAAUCUGAAGAGUAUGGCUCUGGACAUGAGCAGCGAGAUCACACAGCAGAACGAGCAGAUCGACCGCAUCCAGGGAAAAGCCGUCCUCAACGUGUCCCGCAUCGAAGCGGCCAAUCAGAAAGCCAACAACCUCAUGAAGCGCUAGAGGAGGCGUCGCCCUUUCCUCUCUUUCCACUUCCUCCUGCCCGCGGUCACGAUAUCCGCCCGCUGCUCCACCGUGCCGCC